AUGGCCUUAUUUUUGAACAAGCUAGCUUCUAUGGUGCCCCAUCUCCAUGCUGUCGACGUCGACGUCCCUGUCGAAAUUUUGCGCAACGAUGAGCACAAGCUUGAACGGGUUGCUUUGGGUAGAGAGUGCCAUAUAAGUCUGGGAAAAUCUGUACCAAUCCGAGUGCACCAGGUUGACUCCCUGGUCACAAUGCUUCGGCAGAAGCUUCAGAUUCAGAGGCGCAAGUGGGAGGUUUUUGUUAACAAUGAUCACACCUGGACCUUUGUGUCGAUAGAAGUUAUUGCUGCUGGGUUAGCUGAGAUAACAAAGCAGAUUCAAGCUGUCAAUGAGGUGUAUAAGCUUCACAAUCUUCCUGAAUUUUACAAGUAUCCAGGCCCUCAUAACACGGAAAAACAGAGGCCUAAAGUCCAUCAUUAUCAGGGAACCAAUUGA